CUGUUACCGCCGGCGAGAGCUGGGAGGCGGCAGCGAGUUCCGCUCGCGUUGGAGGCAGAGGCUGCGAGGAGAGGAGAGCGAUGGGGGGCGGCCGCCAGGGGCCCCGCGCGACAUGAGGACCCCCGAGGGGCCCCUGGGCAAGAUCCCAGCAUGAAGCUCCCAGAGGCGCCCGAGGGCUCCAGGAACGGCUAUGUCCGGAGCUGCGUCAGCCCCCUGCAACCGGACCCUCCCCGGGGCAUUCUGUGCACACUUUGCCGCGUGUGCCGCUUACGCUCCCCGGCUCUGGCCGCCGCCGCCCUGUCCGUGCUGGCCAGCGGGACGGGCUGGGCUCUACUCGCGGCCCCCCAGUCGCUGCUGCUGGGUUUGUCGCACGCCCUGAGCCCCCUCUUCAGCCUGGGCUGCGCCUUCUUUUUCCUGACCUGCUACCUGUGCCGAUGCCAUAGGGGCCACGGGGGGCCCUGGUGGCCCCUGGCGCUGCCCGUGUGCUGCUCCUCGGGGGACCUGCUGGGGGCGCUCCUGGGGCCCCACAUGCUGGCCAGGCUGCUGGCCGUGCUGGCCUCGGUGGGGCUGCUGACCCUGUACCAAGCCCUGCGCCUGGGGCACAGCGUCCUGCUCCUGGGCUUCUGCAGCCUGGUGUGGCUCGUGUCCCUCACCAGCCUCGGCUCGUUGCCCCAAGCCGUCAGGGCCCUGGGGGGCUGCCUGGUGGGGCUGCUGGGCUCCCUGCUGGCCCUGGGCUUCUCGCACUUCUUUCAGAUCAGGGAGGCGCAGCCGCGGGUCGCCGCGGUGGAGGACAAGGUGCCGGUGAUCAGACCCCGGAGGAGGUCCAGCUGCGUGUCCCUGGGAGAGACCUCGUCCACUUACUAUGGCAGCGGCAAGAUGUCCCGGAGACCCUCGUUGCCCUGCAUCUCCAGGGAGCAGAUGAUUCUUUGGGACUGGGAUCUAAAGCAGUGGUACAAACCCCAGUAUCAGAAUGCUGGAGGUGGAAGCGGGGUCGACCUUUCAGUCUUGAACGAAGCCCGGAACAUGGUUUCUGAUCUUCUGGUCGACCCGACCCUUUCUCCGCAAGUUGUCUCCUCGCUUCGUAGCAUUAGCAGCCUGAUGGGGACUUUCUCAGGUUCAUGCAGACCCAAAGUAAACCCAUUUACCCCGUUCCCGGGCUUCUACCCGUGCACGGAAAUGGAGGAUCCGAUGGAUAAAGGAGAGAGAAAGUUCCACAAGGGUCUGAACAGUCGGAGCAGCCUGCCGACCCCCCAGCUCCGGCGAAGCUCGGGUAUUUCUGGCCUGCAACCCAUGGAACUUGCUUCUUCGCGGUGGGAGCGAAGCAACGGCAAACGUCCUUACCAGGAUUACAGUAAUUCAAGCCAAGGAUCUUAUCCCAAUGGAUCUUUCAGCUCUAACCUGCUCACAAUACCAAAGCAAAGGUCAUCGUCGGUGACCCUGACGCACCACAUGGGCCCCAGGAGAGCUGGUACCUCUCCGAGUUUGAGUCCUGUGAGUUCUCCCAGCCACGGAUCCUCCGCGUUCAGCCGAUCGCCCGUCGAGUUCCCGGACACGGCCGACUUUCUCACCAAGCCAAGUGUUACUUUACAUAAACCUGUGGGACAUGCGAUAAAUUCUCAGGAGCUCCAGCAGCAACUCAGACCAACUUCGAGCCAUAUUUGUAACAGUUGUGGUCGUCAGUUUUUUAAGCCUCUCUCAAACUCUGAAAUGGGAGAAAACAGUUCUCUGUCUGGUGCAGAAUAUCAAGUCAGGAAACCAGGUGAAAAUGUCGGCGGUGCGGCAGAAUCUGCGCAUGUGGACAAAAACCAGGACAAAUGGCUGCAAAAAGACUCCAGAAGAUUAUCCGGAAAUCACGAGCAGCACGCGGACGAGACGCGCAGCAACCAAGAACCAGAAAUGAAGGAAGAGUCGUCGCUUGACCUGCUCAUCGAAGAUCAGGAUGCGUUGUUGGAAAAAUUGGACAAUUGGAAUUUCCCAAUAUUUGAUCUAAUGGAGAAAACCGGCGGGAAAUCUGGAAGAAUCUUGAGCCAGGUGUCGUUUACCUUGUUUCAGGAUACGGGGUUGUUUGAAAUUUUCAAGAUCCCUGCAGACAAAUUUCGGAAUUUCUUCCAAGCUUUAGAAACCGGAUAUCGUGAUAUUCCAUACCAUAAUCGUAUACACGCUACCGAUGUCCUUCACGCGGUGUGGUACAUGACAACGAGGCCGAUCCCGGGGUUUCAGGAACUCACCUGUGAUGACGCAGAUCCAGAUAACGAGGGCGGAUCGGCGCACGUCUACCUGUCUUCAAGGAGCUGUAACUUCAUGGAUGAUAGUUAUGGCUGCAUAGCUGCAAACAUCCCCGCGCUGGAGCUGAUGGCUCUCUACGUGGCAGCUGCCAUGCACGACUAUGACCACCCUGGACGUACCAACGCGUUUCUUGUGGCCACAAAUGCACCCCAGGCCGUUCUGUACAACGACAGAUCCGUCCUGGAAAAUCAUCACGCGGCGUCCGCCUGGAACCUCUUCCUGUCUCAGUCGGAUUACAAUUUUCUUUCGUAUCUGGAUCACGUGCAGUUCAAACGUUUUCGCUUCUUGGUCAUCGAAGCCAUCCUGGCUACGGACCUAAAAAAGCAUUUCGAUUUCCUCGCGGAGUUUAAUGCCAAGGUGAAUGACGUUAACAGUAACGGCAUAGACUGGAGUAACGAGAACGACCGGCUCUUGGUUUGCCAAGUUUGCAUCAAGUUGGCUGACAUCAACGGCCCGGCAAAGACGCGCGACUUGCACUUGAAGUGGACGGAGGGCAUAGUCAAUGAAUUUUACGAACAGGGCGAUGAAGAAGCGAGUCUCGGACUUCCGAUUAGCCCGUUCAUGGACCGGUCUUCUCCUCAGUUGGCAAAACUCCAGGAAUCCUUCAUAACCCAUAUAGUGGGACCCCUGUGUAAUUCCUACGACGCGGCCGGCUUGCUGCCGGGAAGGUGGAUCGACGAAGACGACGAGGUCAUCGAAAGCGAGGAAGAGGAGGGUGAUGAUUCGGAUUCGGAAGAUGAAGACCUGGACGAUGAAGCAAGUCCGAAACAACAGCGGAGGAAGUCUAGAAGGCGGAUGUUCUCGCCUCUGAUGCACCACCUGCGGGAGAACCACAAAGUCUGGAAAAAAAUAAUCGAAGAGGAGGACAAAAGCAAAACAGAGACAAACAAACAGCAGAACGAGAAUUCCUCGUUACCUCAAUCCGACGAGAUCCAGGUCAUCGAGGAAGCGGACGAAGAAGAGGAACGGCAGUCGGGCGAAGAGAAAAAAUGCUGAGGACGUUUUAUUAUUAUUAAUAUUAUUAUUAUUAUUAUAAUAUAUAUAUAUUUUUUAAGAGUGUAUAAAGGGGAGCAGAUAACCCUGUUUUCUCUGUGCUCUUCACAUACUGUAACUUUGAAAGGCCUUAAUACUGUGAGAGGAUCCAUGCUGCCCUCGCAGCUAACCCCCCAACUCUAUGCACUUUCACUACGUGGGAUAUAUAGACUUUAUAUUCAGACGUUGAUUAUUGUACACCUUGAUGCAAAAGUCCUUUUGUGCCCUGAUUUGGUAAAACCUUUACCAUGUUCUAAUGCUGCCUUUGCCGAAAUACAGAGCUCCUAUUUUCAAUAAGGUACUUAACGAUCAUAAAAAAACAAAAAAAACACUGACUUCUGUUACCAAAGUGGCCACCGCUUUUUUUGAAUAGACUGUGAGUUGGAGGAACACGAUACCCUUCUGAGGUUUUUCAAAUCACUACUAUUUCUUUUUUUUUUUUUUUUUUUUUUUUUUUUUAU